UGCCACUUUACUGUCUUUGUUUUCAUCAAGUAUAAGAGAGAAUUCGAUAUGUUGUGAUAAAUGCCAUUCAAGUUUUUUAAAAUUUACUAUUUAGUUUUCCACAUUUUCAACAAUUUCUCAUGUGUAUUUGUUAUUGUAAAAUUAGGAGAAGCAAAGAAGUUGCCCAUCGAAUUUAAUGUUUUUUUCUGGGUCUCUGGUAGAUUGAUAAUGGAGGGAGACGAAGACUCGACGGGCUACAGCAGCUGGAGCAAGCCGGCAUCUGGUUGCGCCAGGAGCGCAGGUAGCCAAAGCAGCGCUACAAGCGAUUUCGUCGACAUGAGUUUUAUGAUGAUCGACUAUAUCAAAGAUGCCAUGAAGGCUAUGGACAUGAUGCGCAGUCAUCAAAUGCUGACAGAUGUCACGCUGGAAGUGGGCUCCGAGUGUUACCACGCCCACAGGGUGGUGUUGGCAGCUGCCAGCCCUUAUUUCAAGGCCAUGUUUACAGGAGGUUUGAAGGAGUGCGAAAUGAGCCGCGUGAAAUUGCAAGGUAUUUCCCCCACAGCCAUGCACAAACUGAUCAAUUUCAUGUACAAGGGCCGUAUAACGGUGACAGAUAACACGGUCUGUCAGUUGUUACCGGCGGCAACAAUGUUACAGGUACCGAAUGUUAUUCAAGCCUGCUGUGACUUCCUAGAAAGACAACUGGAUCCCAGCAACGCCAUCGGCAUAGCUCACUUUGCCGAACAACACGGCUGUUUAGAACUGUCAAAAAAAGCCAACCAGUACAUCGAGAGGCGCUUUGUUCAGAUUUGCCAAGAGGAGGAAUUUUUGCAACUCAACGGUCAUCAGCUGAUUCAGUUGAUCAGAAAGGACGAGUUGAACGUGCAGGACGAACAAGACGUCUACAAUGCCGUACUCAAGUGGGUUAAAUACGACGAGAACAACAGGCACGGCAAAAUGCAGGAUAUCUUGGCCGCCGUCAGAUGUCAGUUUUUACCGCCGAAAUUUUUAAACGAUCAAAUCCACAAGUGCGACGUUAUCAAGAAAACGCCAGAGUGCAAAGAAUAUUUAGCAAAAAUUUUUAAGGACUUGACGUUACACGUGAGAACGGCCGUGAAAGAACGUACCCCCGACAUCCCGCGCGUCAUCUACGUGGCCGGCGGGUACUACAAGCAGUCCCUGGACAUCCUGGAGGGUUUCAACAUCGACAACAAGACGUGGAUCAAGCUGGACCGGCUCAUAGUGCCCCGCUCAGGGUUGGGCUGCGCCUUUCUCAAGGGCCAUUUCUACGCGGUCGGCGGCAGAAACAACACGCCGGGCAACAGCUACGAUUCCGACUGGGUGGACAGGUACAACCCUUUGUUGGACGAGUGGAUGCCCUGUCACCCCAUGUCCUGUCCGAGGAAUAGGGUGGGGGUGGCCGUUAUGGACGGAUUACUGUACGCCGUGGGAGGUGGGGAGUGUACCAAGUACCAUAACAGCGUGGAGUGUUACGACCCCGAAAUGGACAAGUGGACGAUAGUCAAGCCGAUGCACUAUCCUCGACUGGCGGUAGGCGUGGCAGUUGUCAACAGGCUGCUGUACGCCAUCGGUGGCUUCGACGGUACCAUCAGGCACUGUUCUGCCGAGUGUUACCAUCCGGAAAACGACGAAUGGACCAUGAUACCACCCAUGCACACUGAACGUAGCGGGGCAGGCGUGUGUGCGAUGGACAAAUACAUUUACGUGAUAGGCGGUUACAAUGGUAGACAGUUGAACACUGUGGAAAGGUACGACACUGAGCAUCAAGUGUGGGAGUUUCUGUCAAGUAUGAAGAUUUCCAGAAGCGCACUUAGUGUCACAGUGUUGGAUGGCAGGAUAUAUGCUAUGGGUGGGUAUGAUGGGCAACAAUUUCUCAACGACGUUGAAAUAUACGACCCAACAAUAGACACAUGGUCAGAAGGAACGCCUCUCACAUCAGGUCGUUCAGGGCACGCGAGCGCAGUCUGUUAUAAUUGCGGCGGUCAAGAUAGAGGAGGCCUGGCCAUGGAGACGGAUUCCGGUCUGAGUUGUACCGCAGCACCGGUACUUCCCUGUAACCCCUCCACGUCGAACGGAUAGAACAGUGACUCGAUGACGGGUGAUGACGUUUCACCUAGAGCACAACC